AUGGAUGGAAGCAACAGAGGUGAAGCUGAACGAUGGUUAUACACAGCCAACAAACUACUCAGCGCGCGUGACUUACACGGCGCCCGUUCCUUCGCCAUUCGGGCACAAGAAUCCGACCCGAGAUUCGAAGCCACUGAACUUCUUCUUGCGGUUAUCGACACUCUCUUAGCCGGUGAAGCUAGAAUCAAAGAACAAAUCGAUUAUUACGCCAUUCUUCAAAUCCUUCGUUAUACUCAGAAUAUUGAGUAUAUCGCCGAUCAAUAUCGCCGUCUCGCUAUUCUACUUGACCCGAACCGUAACCCGUUUGCUUAUGCUGCUCAUGCUUUCUCUCUUGUUCAUGAUGCUUGGUCCAUUUUCUCAAAUCCACAUAAGAAAGCUUUGUAUGAUGAACAGCUUCAUUUUCUUACUCAACCACCACCGCCGCCGCAACCACAACCACCACCACCACAGCCACAGCAACAACCGCAACCUAUCCAAUUUCCUUUACAACAACAACAACAACCACCACCACAACAUUUUCAACCUCCUCCUUCAGUUCAAGUCAACGACAAUUACAAUCAUCAUCAACAACAGAGAAAAAACCAAAACCCUAGGUCAACCAAUGAAUCUGUUGGGGUGUUUGAGGAACAAAACAACGGGCCGAGUCAUGGCAAUGCUGAUCAGUCCACUGGGCCUAGGCCCAGGCCGGAGUCUGCUGGAGCUAAGCCGAGUGAAACUGACGGUCAAACUUUCUGGACGGCUUGUCCUUACUGUUAUGGCAUGUUUGAGUAUCCUAAGGUUUAUGUUGAUUGUACACUCCGGUGUCAGAAUUGUAAGAGGGGUUUUCAUGCAGUGGUUGUACGGGCACCACCGGAGGUGACUGAAGAAGACGGUGGUGAGGGAGAGGCUGGUGGUUAUUUCUGUAGCUUUGGGCAUUUUCCUUUAGGGUUUAGUGGGAAUUUUAAGGAUAUCAAUGGGUCUUCUUCAGAAUGGAACCCUAUGUCUGCUUUGUUUCAUUGCCCUAUGAAUGGUGCGAAGAAGAAUGCUCGGAAGGGGCCUGUUAGUUAUUAUGAUCAUGAUACCUGUGCAGCGUUUGCGGAGCUUUCUGAUGAUACUGAUGAUGAUGAUAGCAGUGAUGGUGAUUGGCGGGGUACCAAAGGGAGUAGGAUGGGUAGAAGGAGGAGGAGGAGGAGAAGAAGCGAGGCUUUUGGUGGUGGUGCUGAUGUUGAAAGGAGACCGAUCGAGAGGCCUAGGAGGGGGGUUCAACAAAAUGGUAAUGCUGAGAAUGACAAUGGCGGUGGUGAUGACAUUGUGGUUGAUGGUGAGGCUGUUGAUGCUACUUCUGCACCUGCAAUGGUGUCAAAUGUAGAAGCUGGUAAGAAGUCCGUGGUGGGUGGUUCGAGGAGGAAGGGUGCUGGAAAUUUGGGUAAGUUGGAUUUGAAUGUGGAGUUCAGCAAUGAGGUGGAAGAAGCUUCUGCUAGUGGAGUGAGACAAGGGAACGUGAAUGGGACAGGGAAUGCUGAAGAUAAUAUUGAAGGGAUUGGGUUUUUUGAAGGGCUUGAUGAGUUCCUUAAUAGCUUACCAAUUCUCAAUGUUGUUGCAGACGACAAGGCAUUAUCUAUUGGCACACUAACCAUGCUUAUUAGUGAUUCUCUGAAUGCAUCUGUGUGUUUCGUUGUGUCGUUCAUGUUUUGUCCUAGUGAGAGAUCACAACUCACAAGGCUUGAUUUCUUUCUUAAACGUUGUUUCUUCUACCGUGUUCUUCUUUGGUGUAUCUGUGGCUUUGCUUUUUUGUUUUGUAAGCCGAGUGUUUCUGAAAAUUAA